AUGAUCCGUCUCCUUCUCAUUUCAUCCCUGGCUUUUACCAGUGUUCUGGCAGCUAUUGAUAUUUGCGAAUAUUACAAACUCAUCGGAAAACUUCACGAGCAUCCAGAAUGUGCGAAAAACUUCCCAACUCCUGCUCCAACUACUGAAGCCCCAAAAAUCGGAUUCUGCUCCAGCUCGGCUGCUUUGAUUCAGUGUACUGCUGAUGCUCAAACAUGCCCACUUUCCGGUCAAGUCUGUAUUCAAUCGGACGGCAAUAAGUGCUGCCAAAUAGUUACCGCCGGAAUCCCAGCUUCUGAGAUCAACUCCAAAUCCGGAUCGUGCCCUCGUCCUCUUGGAAUCUCGGUUCUCCAGGACACCACCAUUGGGUGUUGGAUGGAUUCAAACUGUCCCGGUAUUCAGAAAUGCUGUGUUGAACCGAAUCCAGUCACCAACUCUGCUACCAGAAUCUGCCGUGAUCCCGUAGGGAUUUCGAGUAGGAGUACCACAAUUUGCUCUCUGCCACUUGCUGUGGGAUCAUGCACUGCGCCAGCCGUGCGCUUCUAUUACGACGCUUCAUCAGCCCGCUGCAAUCAGUUUAUGUACAGCGGAUGCGGUGGAAACGCCAACAAUUUCCAGUCUUUGGCGUCGUGCCAAGCAACCUGCGGACAAAGCGGAGUUGUUGGAACUCCAGCGUGCCCAGCUGAUGCCAACGCUGGUCUCAACUGUUUGUUUUCACAUGCUGAUGCUUGCAAUACUGAUUCAGAUUGUCUUGGAAGAGAAAAUACGGCGCAACCAUCGUGCUGUAUGACCAGUUGUGGUUACAAGAUCUGCUAUCAAUAUUAG